CAAAAAAAUAUUUAAAUCAAUCCUAUUCUUAAAUUAAUUUGGAAUGUUUAUUUCAUAACAAUAAAAACGUCGCCAGUGUAUAUCCACGAGCAUCGACCAUCACCAUGGCCCGGACGCAGGCAGCAAACUCCUCUGAUGUCCUCAGAAGCUUCGGUGGUACCACUACCACAACCACGACUACAACUGCCACCAGCAACAUCGCCGCAGUCGCCAAAUCCACCACCAGCAACAAGCGACCACCAAUUAUUAUUUAUCCAACAGUAACGCCCGAGUCGAUAGUCGUGCCAAUUGUAUCGUGUAUAUUUGGCUUUCCAUUAUUGGCGCUAACAGUUAUAUGCUGUUUGCGAAGAAGAGCAAAAUUAGCAAGGGAAAGAGCGCGUCGGCGUAACUGCGAAUUGGAUCGCGGGGAGCUAUCAGUGGUGAGGCUUUCACCAAUCAAAAAUAGACCUCGUGCAGUCAGUCUGAUAAGAUCACCACGACCUCCCCCCACUCUAGAACUGGAUACGGUGUUGGAAGAACGCUCCGAUCCCGAACAAACAACGCUGUCACAGGUUGAAAUAACUCCAGACCGGGAAGUAGGGACGAUACUGUUCAGUGCAAUGGGUGCAGUGGGCAGUGUGGCGGUAUCAGCGGCAGCGUGUGCUAGGGACAGCUAG